GUCUGAAAUGCGGUUCCAGCCACGUAUAAAACUGCCGGGGACCGGGCACCUGAGCACAAGAGCUAAGCAUCCCGCUUAGUURUUCCUUAGUUAUUUAGUGUGUGCCUUUGUUUCCUCUUACAUAGUUAUAAACUAUGUAAAACGUGUAAAACUGUGUGAAAUGUAUGUCUAAACGGGAUCGCUGGAAAGCAGCGUAACUCAUUUUCAGUUAUUUGGUUGGGACGCUGGUACUGUCAGCCCCGGGCCUGGAGAUCUGGCUGUGGGCUCUCCUCGGGGCGUUCGUUUUCCCGAGCAUCUGUAGGUCAAGGCUUUGGAAUGGGAGGGAAGACAAAGUAGCUGCCGGGAAUGUUUAUGGAGAAAGAGCCAAAUACUCCCCCUGCUAUUUAAGCAAAUAACAGUGCUGUUGGGAAUGCUUGGUUUUGAAAUCAAAUAGAAAAUUAUUUUGCCCUUUUUUGGAGAAAUGUAGCGUUGUAGGAGUUUGGYCUGGCUGGUGCAAGCGUGAACUGUGGUUUGUGUUGCUAUAGCCCCAUMGGUGUUGCAAACAAACGUAUAGGCAAUGCACCGUCCAGGGAUUUACGCCUUUGCUGUGAUCUAGAGAUGUUAUUUCCUCGUGUUGCCAAAGCAAACCCGAUGGAGUUGAAGCUGAAGCGGGAGCUGAGGGUUAGCACUCCCCUGGAUGUUGACCCAGUGUGUGAGCACCUGCGUGUUUUGCCUCCCGGCCCGUGUCUCUUUGCAGCGAUCGGGGGCCCCAGCCAUGGCUACAGACUGGCUGGGAAGCAUCGUGUCCAUUAACUGCGGAGAAAGCUUGGGAGUCUACCAAGGACGCGUGUCCGCCGUGGACCAGGUCAGCCAGACCAUUUCCCUGACGCGGCCCUUCCAUAAUGGUGUGAAGUGCCUCGUGCCAGAAGUCACCUUCAGGGCAGGUGACAUUACUGAGCUAAAAAUCCUGGAGAUCCCAGGGCCAGGGGACAGCAGACAAUGUGGGGAUCUACAGCAGACGGACCUGGGCAUCCCUGGAGUUGGAUGCCAAGUGGGUCCCAGCCAGAAUGGCACUGGAAAAGUCCUAAAGAAGCCCAUYUCCAGCAGUGCCCCGCAGAAUAUUCCAAGGAGAACAGACAUGAAGAAUCAGGAUGUUAUCAUCUCUCCACAGCAGCAGUGCUCCAAGAGCUACAUGGAUCGACAUGUAGAAGCAUUGCCUCAGUCCAAAGGCUUCCGUCGUAGGCACAAUUCCUGGUCGUCCAGUAGCCGUCAUCCAAACCAAGUGACUCCGAAGAAAAGCGGCCUGAAAAACGGGCAGAUGAAGAGCAAAGACGACGAGUGCUUUGGGGACGACAUCGAUGAAAUCCCCGACACGGAUUUUGAUUUUGAGGGGAACCUGGCCCUUUUUGACAAGGCAGCUGUGUUUGAGGAGAUUGAAACUUAUGAGCGGAGGAGCGGCACCCGUUCCCGAGGCACCCCGAGCGAAAAGCCGGCUCGCUAUCGGCACGAUGAGAACAUCCUGGAAUCGGAGCCCAUCGACUACCGGAGGAUAGUCGUACCCCACAACGCGCACAAGGAGUUCUGCACGGACUCCGGGCUGGUGGUGCCCAGCGUGUCGUACGAGCUGCACAAGAAGCUGCUGUCGGUGGCCGAGAAGCACGGGCUGACGCUGGAGCGGCGGCUGGAGAUGACGGGCGUGUGCGCCAGCCAGAUGGCCCUGAGCCUCCUGGGGGGGCCCAACAGGCUGAACCCCAAGAAUGUGCACCAGCGGCCCACGGUAGCCCUGCUCUGCGGCCCCCACGUGAAGGGCGCUCAGGGCAUCAGCUGCGGGCGCCACCUCUCCAAUCACGACGUCCACGUCAUCCUUUUCCUGCCGAACUUUGUGAAGAUGCUGGAAUCCAUCACCAACGAGCUGAACCUCUUCAGCAAGACSGAGGGCCAGCAGGUGUCCAGUGUCAAAGAUCUCCCCGAUACCCCUGUUGAUCUCGUGAUCAACUGCCUGGAUUGUCAUGAAAAUGCCUUUCUGAGGGAUCAGCCUUGGUACAAAGCAACCGUGGACUGGGCGAACCAGAACCGGGCACCCGUCCUCAGCAUAGACCCUCCCGUAAGCGAAGUGGAGCAGGGCAUCGAUGCCAAGUGGUCGCUGGCCUUGGGCCUGCCCCUGCCGCUGGGCGAGCGGGCCGGGCGUGUGUACCUCUGUGACAUUGGCAUUCCCCAGAAGGUCUUCCAGGAGGUGGGAAUCAACUACCACUCGCCCUUCGGCUGCAAAUUCGUCAUUCCCCUGCACUCCACCUAGAGGCCGCCUGGCUCCCAAGGGAGAGGAGAGGAGGAGCGGUUGGUUCUGUCGAAUAAGCUGUCCUGGAGACCCCAGCUAGUUAAAAGUGGUGACGCCUUAAGGAUGUGAAGUUC